AUGGCUUUCUCCGCUCCUCUUUUGGCUGUUGCUGUUGCUGCCCUGAGUGCCGCAGAGCCCGUGCUCUUCGAGCCGGACCCUUUUGCCAGUGCACAGCUGAGGGGAGGGGAUGACAUACCCGAGGAAGAGCCUGGCCGGAGCAAUAAGUGGCUGAAGGACAUCAGCACCAGGACCAAGAACCACUUCAAAAAGCUGCUGCAGCCGCUCCAGUCACCGAUUGUGCAAGAGUACUUGGUCUUGAUCAUCCUGGAUGGAUAUGUGAACUACACGAUGCAGCUGGUUGAAAACGCUACCGGCCGUGAAGUUGUCUGGAAUCGCACGGGCCGUGGCCUGUCCUUGGAGUCAGAGGCACCUCGAGCCUUGGCUUCCCGCAAGCAGGAGCUCCCACCGCGGGCAAGGUACAUCAACAGGAUGUUGAUCUACCUGAACAAGGAGAUGGACAUGGUUUGGAACUACAAGACCAUGGUUGACAGGAAGCGGUGGGGCGUCGGGAAUGUCAUCACGUCCUCUCCUUACGGCCCCCACGGAGAGCAUCCGGAUCGGUGGCGGGCAAAUGGCUCCUUCCCGUCUCCGACAGUCACGCCGAACAGUACCAUCCUCCUCCAGGACCAGAAGAGGAAUCUGGUUUUCGACAUCAAGCCCGAAGUUGACGAGUACGACAACAAGUAUGCACAGCAACUACAGGCUGACUAUGAGUCCUUGGUCCGCAACAUCGACGAUGCCAGCCAGAAGAUCAGCAAUCUCCGAGACCGUCUCUGGAAGAUGGAGAGCUUCGCACAUGAGUUCGUUGCCCUCCCCUCUGGUGUGUGGAACAAGAUUGAUGCGAACUGA